AUGCUUUUCAACGCAUUCUUUUUCAUUACGAGCUUAGCAGCUGGUUCUGCAUUUGCCUCAACAAUCGACGCUCCAAUCGAAGACACUCUCAUUCUCCCCCGCCAACAAGGCCAGACCCACGUCGUCGUAGUCGGCAGCCUGCAAAAUCCCAACGCUGUCACAUUCACUCCAAACUCAAUCAAAGCAGCCGCAGGAGACACAGUACAAUACCAGUUCGUAUCGGCGAAUCAUACAGCCACGCAAGCUUCGGGGCCACAAGCAGCGUGCAAACCUGCCAAGAAUGCUGUGAACAGUGGCUUCAUGCCUGUACAGCAAGGUGCAUCGAAAGUCAAGACGUUUACCAUGGUCGUACAGGAUGAUACUCAGCCCAUGUACAUGUACUGCGCUGCUGCGAACCAUUGUCAGCAAGGAAUGGUCAUGACCAUCAACGCAGCGUCGGGAGACAUGAAAGCCUUCAAGUCUGCUGCGCAGAAGGCGAAAAACAACGUUGCAGCUAAGAAUGUCAGUGGAGGAACGGCCGGGAGAAUUGCCACUAAGCAGGUGGGCAAGCAGCCAGCUGGCAAUUAA